CCAGCGGACUUAAAAAUGCGUUACGUGGCUGCAUACCUUUUGGCCGUCCUGGGCGGAAAUGAUUCCCCAGCGAACGCUGACAUCGCGAAGAUCCUCAGCUCGGUCGGUAUUGAAGCGCAUUCGGCCCGCGUCACAAAGGAGGUUACUGAGCUUAAGGGUAAAUCUGUGGAGGAGCUGAACGCUUCCGGCCGCGAGAAACUGUCCUCGAUGCCAGCUGGUGGAGCUGCUCCGGCUGCCAGUAGUGCCGCUGCUGGUUCUGCUGUUGCCGCUCCGGCCGAGGCGAAGAAGGUGGUGAAGAAGGAGAAAUCCGAGUCCGAGGAUGAUGGGAUUCGGUCUCUUUGA